GUCGUCGGGCACGGAGACCGGCUGAGACGUGCCGGGCUGGAUGGAGCCGCCGCUCUGACCGGCCGGCUCGGCGUCGAUCUGUUGCUGCUGCUGCUGCCGCCGCCGCCGCCGCCGGGAGGAGCCAGGAAGACGGGCGCGAUGCUGCCGGGGGAGCCCAGGACCGCGCCUCCGCCUCGCAGGAGCUGAGCGGGAGGACGGCGGCGGCGGCGGCGGGGCGGGCUGGCCGGCCGGCCGAGCGGGCGAGCGGGGGACUCUGCGGGCGACGACGGCGGAGGGGAAGGGGCGCCCCGGAGGGUCUCAUCGGAGCUGCUUCUGCGCCGCCGGUGCGAGGCAUUCGCCUGCCAUGAGUGUAGCCGGCGUCCUGUGGCUCUUCCUCUCCCUCGACAAGGUGUUCCACACCUGGGCUGGUCCUUCUUCCCUGGCUGCCCAGGAGCCACCUGGUUGGCGAACCCCAGUGGACUGUGUCCGUGCCAAUGAACUCUGUGCUGCCGAAUCAAGCUGCAGCUCACGAUACCGCACCCUGCGUCAGUGUGUGGCUGGCCGUGACCGCAACACCAUGUUGGCCAACAAGGAGUGCCAGGCGGCCCUGGAGGUACUUCAGGAGAGCCCGCUGUAUGACUGCCAUUGCAAGCGUGGGAUGAAGAAGGAACUCCCGUGCCUUCAGAUCUACUGGAGCAUCCAUCUUGGUCUGACUGGGGGAGAAGAGUUUUAUGAAGCUUCCCCCUACGAGCCAGUCACCUUUCGUCUCUCUGAUAUAUUCAGACUCGCUUCAAUUGUCUCAGGAAUGGAUCCUGCCACCAACUCCAAAAGUAACCAUUGCCUAGAUGCAGCCAAAGCCUGUAACCUGAAUGACAACUGCAAGAAGCUCCGUUCAGGCUACAUCGCUAUCUGCAACAAGUCCUACGACACCUAUCGUUGCAACCGCCGCAAGUGCCAGAAAGCCCUGCGCCAGUUUUUUGACCGCGUGCCCAGCGAGUAUACCUAUCGGAUGCUGUUCUGUUCUUGUAAGGACCAGGCCUGUGCCGAGCGCCGCCGGCAAACUAUUGUUCCUUUCUGCUCCUAUGAGGACAGGGAGAAGCCAAACUGCUUGGACCUCCGGAACCAGUGUCGGUCGGAUCCACUUUGUCGGUCACGACUGGCAGAUUUUCACACAAAUUGUCAAGCAUCUUCCCAGUCACUUACCAGCUGCCCUGGGGACAAUUAUCAGGCAUGCCUGGGUUCCUAUGCUGGCCUAAUUGGGUUUGACAUUACACCCAACUACGUAGACGCCAGCAUCACCAGCCUCACCGUGUCCCCGUCCUGCUCUUGCCGGGGCAGUGGCAACAUGGAGGAAGACUGUGAGAGGUUCCUGAGAGACUUCACAGAAAACCCCUGUCUCCGAAAUGCAAUUCAGGCUUUUGGCAAUGGCACAGACAUCAGCCCUCCCCCCAAGAUCCCCCCAUUGCCCCCCAUCAACCCCACUCCCAAGAUGGAGAACCCUUUGCCAGAUGACAUCAAUGACAGCAACACCAUCUAUGACACGAGUAUGAUCACCACCUGCACCUCCAUUCAGGAACAUGUGCUGAAGCUAAACAAGUCCAAAGAGCAGAGUCCUUGCUUCCCAGAGAAAUCGCUGACCACCGAUCUCAUGCCAGAACAGAAGACGUUUGUGGACAAAAACAGAUCCAGCAGCCGACAUUCCAUUACUGGAACCCUCUCUGCUCUCCCCUUCCUCUUUGUGAAAGUGGCAUUAUAAAAGGAAAAAAAAUGGAUUGAGGAUGCUCAAGGGGGAACAAAAUGAAAUACACAUACACACUUUCGCUCCCCCCUUUUCUCUCUGUCUCUUACACACACACACACAGACACACAGACACAGACACACAGACACACACAGACACACACAGACACACAGGCUCAUUUUCUUCACACACACACACACACACACACACACACACACACACACACACACACACACACACACACAGAGGCUCAUUUUCUUCUGGAGUGUCGACUUUUGAGAAGGCAUAACAUCUGCAGAGGUUUGCGCCAGGAACGUUUAAACUCUGCAAGAAGAGCUACACAGAGUGCGACCCGAAAAUGUGGGGAGACCCCAGCCUGGGAAUUUUGGCUUGUUUCCUUUCUAAGCACUGUUUGUUUCAAGUGUCCUAAGCAGGAGUCAUGUCAAAAGGGAAUCCUGUAUAUUGGAAAAAUGCAACUGCCUUUGGAAUCAGCCAGAAAUGGAUGCGUCUGCGUUGGGGAGACUUAGCAGAGUGCACCGGAAGAAUCUCGACUUGUCACAUUGCUCUGCAGAGCCAAAGGCAGCGAUCCCCUUGUCUAGUCGCCCACCCUCAUCCAGUCCUUCUCUGCUGCUUGAGAAUUUGGUUUCCUUCCUGCCCUAAAUCAGAUCUGGCUUUCAUUGAUCCCCAGGGGACCCACAGAAGUGUCUUAACUUUCCAGUGCAUCUUGGGGGAUCCUUCAGUCAGAUGAAGACUUGAGCAGGAUCCUGGUCUUCUGCCGCUGUGGCAACCAACAGGCUGGAAAUCCUGCCACUGAACACAGCCGUCCCUUGUGAAACAAGGAGAACAUUUGCCGGUUUUUAGGGAGAGUCUCUUUCUACUAUUACUUCUGCCCCAUUAUACACUGUUUUCUAAUGUUUUAAAAUCAGAGUGGAAAAAAGCACCCUCUGUUGUACGGUUGCCCCAGAGUGAUGUCCUUGGGGAAGUCUUUUUUCCCUUCAUUAGAAUUCUGGUGGGAUGGAAAUAGCCAUGUGUGGCAGCCAAAUGUACUUUACUCUCUAGAGUUCCCUUCCCACUGGUUAUAUACAUAUCUAGCAUAUGUAUAUAUACAGAGACCUAUAUCUCCAUAUAUGUAUGUAUAUACAUAACCAUAUACAUUUACCAAAUGGCUUUCUUUUCUUUUCCUUUCCUUUUUUUAAAUGAUAAAAAGCAACAACAGUAUCAACAACAAAAGUGUAUUAUUGUAAAGUUUAUUUUUUUGUAAACAGUCUACCAUGGGGGCAGGGGUGGGGAACCACCCCCCGGGACAAUACACGGAUCUUCGCCACCCCGUUGACUCUGGGGCGAUGGCAAAAGAGGAGCAACCAGAAUGCUUAAUCAAUAGCUAAAAUAAAGAUAACCAGAUGCAAA